AUUAUUUCAUUUCACCCGCUCAGCGCCUCAGCCGCUUCUGUGCUCUCCAGAUUCUGAAGACUGAAGUUCCUCAAGAGUCAAGCCUCAACGUUUUUAGCAUAACUCUUCACUCAAAAUUUUCUUCACUCAAAAUUACUCCUUUUUCGGUUUCUCCCACAGAUCUGUUCAACUGAUAAUUAAAGGAUAUCGUGGAAAUGGCAACCUAUAUGUGGAGGAAAUAUGCAGAUUAUGUGUACACAAAGUGGGAGAAGACAAUUCUAUGGGAUAUGGUCGAACCAUUUAGGAGACCAAAAUCGUUUACACCUCUUGUCACAAUCUAUGUUUGUGCAUUUUAUACAGGGGUUAUUGGGGCAGCCAUCACUGAGCAACUCUACAAGGAAAAAUACUGGGAAGAACACCCUGGGCAAGAAGUGCCUCUAAUGAAGCCGAUGUUGUAUGGCGGCCCUUGGAGAGUAAUGAGAGGUGAUGUUCCUCCUAUGGGAAAGUUUAAUCUCUGAGCAGCAGUCAGUUGAUAGUUAUAAGGUAUCUAAUAUAAGCUCUAUGAAAAGGAAAAGUAGCGAGAUAUGUUGUAGGUGCACACGAGUUCAAAAUUCUAUCUGUGAACCAAGUUUAGUAUAUACGUAGAGAAGGGUAGAAGGGCAUACCCAUUAUCCACUGAAAAGGGAAAGAUACCACUUUCUUUGCAUUUAUCGUGUGUUUAUAUUUGACCUAUCCUCACUUGUAAAGAUUUUAAUCUAGCUGUUUACUAUGUUGUCGGGCGUUUUUCUGAUCCUUACCGGGUUGUUUAGGGCAAGUCUAGUAGUAUCUCGUUGUUGUUCCUAGAGUGCUAGUAUUACGGCUACUUCUUACUAUCUUCUGCUUCAGUUUUUCGCUGCUUGUGCCUUGUUGCUA